CAGCACUCAGCAGACUGAAAACUUCAGAGGAAACUGCGAAAAGCAAUAGAAGCAAAAGCCGGCGGCUAUCCACCGGAGGGGUGAAGAAUUGAAGAUUGCAGGAGGUCUCCGUAUUGAGUUUAAAAGUUGAAAUGUGUUUAAUGAAGGAAAGAUGAAGGCAGGAAGGAAGAACUUGAAGAGGGGAGCAGUUAAUGAAGAUAGCUUAACGCUUCAGGAUGGUCAAAGCAUCAUGCGGGUGCUAUCACUCCGAGGCUCCAACCUAAUCGAGGUGGCGGACACGAAAGGAGAGAAGUCCUUAGCUUUGUUUCCAGCUAAGUUUCAGAAGAGCAUGUGGAUCAAGAAUGGAAGCUUUGUAGUCGUCGAUGGAAGUGGGAAGGAAAAGGCGAUCGAGUCAGGCAGCAAGGUAACCUGCAUUGUUACCCAAGUUCUGUUUCAUGAACAAGUCCGCAAGCUUCAGAAAUCUCCUGAAUGGCCUGAAAUUUUCAAGGAAGAUAAUAUCAAUGGAAGAGCUCAUGCAGAAGCCAUUACAAGCCAAGAAGCAAACCAGCUCAAGUCAUGUGGUGAUGAAGAAGAAGAAGAUACGGAUGAUGAUGGGUUGCCACCAUUAGAAGCCAACACGAACAGGGUCCAACCACCAUUUAUGGAUUCAGGUUCAGGAUCUGAUUCUGAUUCGUGAAUUUACAUUUGCUUCAAACACUUCCUGAUCUGAAUUUACUGUCUGAUUCUUAAAUAUGAAGAAUUUCUCUGGUUGUGUCAAUCUUCUACUGGCCUAUAUCUAACCGCAUUUUUACUGUUAAGGUGCGUUUAUACGAUACUCCCAACUUCAUAAUCUUCAUUUUGAUCAUAGGAUCCAGUGAUCCAAAUUGCCCCCAUUUGCAUGGAUACUAAAAGCUACGUGUAAAAAUCAGCACAAUACAUACAAAAACUAACGUGUCAUCCAUCUUCCUUAACCCUGGCUCUCUGACUCCCACCAUACACGUAC